CAGCCGCCGACAUGGAGCGCCCGGGGGUUGAGAGGCCUCCGGGAGGCCGGUGAAGGGGUAGCCCAGGGGGGACCCUUUUCCUGCUUGGUCUGAGGCUGGGGAAAGGGGGUUCGCGCAUGCGCGCUAAUAGAUCCUUGCUGGAUCUCUGGCGGAGGCUGCUGCAGCUGCUGCUGGAGGGAGCUGCUGGCCGCCUCCAGCCCUCCGAGGCUCCCCAUCUCCUCUAGACCCCCGGCGGGGCAGCUUCUCCCCUCUUCCUCCGCCCCAGGCAAGCAGGCGGCGCAGGAGCAGCCAUGUCUUUGGGCGAGUACGAGAGGCACUGCGACUCCAUCAACUCCGACUUCGGGAGCGAGUCGUCCAGCAGGAGCGGCCCCCGGCCUGCGCCUCCUGGCUUAGGCGGCGAGCAAGAGGAGUUGCAUUACGCCCCCAUCCGCAAUCUGGGCCGGGGGGCCUUCGGGGAGGCCACCCUGUAUCGUCGUACUGAGGAUGACUCGCUUGUAGUUUGGAAGGAAGUGGACCUGACCAGACUCUCAGAAAAAGAACGGCGUGAUGCCUUAAAUGAGAUUGUUAUUCUUGCUCUGCUGCAGCAUGACAACAUCAUUGCCUAUUACAAUCAUUUCAUGGACAAUACCACACUUUUGAUUGAACUGGAAUACUGUAAUGGGGGGAAUCUCUAUGAUAAGAUCCUGCGGCAGAAAGACAAGUUGUUUGAGGAAGAGAUGGUGGUGUGGUACCUAUUUCAGAUUGUAUCUGCCGUAAGCUGCAUCCACAGAGAAGGAAUACUGCACAGAGACAUAAAGACAUUGAAUAUCUUCCUCACUAAAGCAAAUCUCAUAAAACUGGGCGAUUAUGGUUUGGCGAAAAAGUUGAACUCUGAGUAUUCCAUGGCUGAGACAUUGGUAGGAACCCCAUACUACAUGUCUCCUGAGCUGUGUCAGGGAGUAAAAUACAACUUCAAAUCUGACAUCUGGGCAGUUGGCUGUGUCGCUUUUGAGCUCCUCACACUGAAGAGAACUUUUGAUGCUACCAAUCCAUUGAACCUGUGUGUGAAGAUUGUGCAAGGCAACCGGACCAUGGAGGUUGAUUCCAGUGUUUAUUCUCUGGAUCUCAUUCAGAUGGUGCAUUCCUGCCUUGAUCAGGAUCCUGAGAAGAGGCCUACUGCUGAUGAGGUGCUUGGUAGUCCCCUUCUCAGCAAACGCAGGAGAGAGAUGGAAGAGAAAGUUGCGCUGCUUAAUGGCCCGAACAAGCGACCAAGAUCAAGCACCAUGAAUGAGGCUCCCAUUGCAGUGGUGACUUCACGCAGUAGUGAAGUGUAUGUAUGGGGGGGUGGAAAGUCCACCCCUCAAAAGCUAGAUGCCAUCAAAGGUGGCAGCAGUGCACGACAGGUCUGUGCAGGAAACACUCACUUUGCGGUGGUGACAGUGGAGAAGGAGCUCUAUACAUGGGUGAACAUGCAAGGGGGCACCAAGUUGCACGGCCAACUGGGGCAUGGCGACAGGGCCUCUUACAGGCAACCGAAGCAUGUGGAAAAACUGCAGGGCAAGGCCAUUCGCCAAGUGUCUUGUGGUGAUGACUUUACUGUGUGCAUCACAGAUGAAGGUCAGGUAUUUGCCUUUGGCUCAGACUAUUAUGGCUGUAUAGGUGUUGGCAAAGCUUUUGGCUCUGAGGUUCUGGAACCUGAGCAGCUGAACUUCUUUCUCAGCAAUUCUGUGGAACAGGUAUCUUGUGGAGAUAACCAUGUGGCUGUGCUGACCAGAAACCAAGAGGUCUACACAUGGGGCUGUGGAGAAUAUGGACGCCUAGGGCUGGAUUCAGAAGAGGAUCAUUCCCUCCCACAGAAGGUGGAAAUUCAGAAGACCUCCAAUAUUGUUUCAGUCCAGUGUGGCAAUGAUGGAACUUUUCUGCUUACACAGGCAGGCAAGGUCUUAGCUUGUGGUCUGAAUGAAUUCAAUAAGCUGGGCCUGAACCAGUGCACUUCAGGCCUCAUUAAUCAUGAUGCUUACCAAGAAAUACCCUACACCACCACUUUCACCUUGGCCAAGAAGCUCUCUUUCUACAAAAUUCGCACCAUUGCCCCAGGAAAAACACACACAGCUGCUAUAGAUGAACGGGGCCGCCUGCUUACUUUUGGUUCCAACAAGUGUGGGCAGCUGGGUGUUGGAGAUUAUAAGAAACGUUUGGGUAUUAAUCUGCUUGGAGGCCCCCUUGGGGGAAAGCAGGUUAUCAGGGUUUCCUGUGGGGAUGAGUUCACUAUAGCUGCUACUGAUGAUAAUCAUAUUUUUGCCUGGGGGAAUGGUGGCAAUGGUCGCUUAGCGAUGACACCAACAGAAAGAGCUCAUAGUUCUGAUAUUUGUACGUCGUGGCCUCGGCCCAUUUUUGGCUCCCUGCAUUAUGUUCCCGAUCUGUCUUGCCGUGGCUGGCACACUAUUAUAAUUGUCGAAAAAGUGAUAAAUUCCAAAACCAUCCUUCGUUCAAGUAGCAGUGGCUUGUCCAUUGGGACGGUGGCUCAGAGUUCUACAGCUGAAGGAGGAGAAGAUGAGGAAAGUGAGCGAGAGUCUGAGACUCCUGAUCCCAGUAGAGGUUUCCGAGGAACCAUGGAAGCAGACCGCAAAAUGGGGGAUCGGAUCAGUGCAACAGAAGACAUUGGAGAUAGCAGUGCUUCUGCCAGCAGCUCUUGCCCUAGCUGGUUACGCAAGGAGCUGGAGAAUGCAGAGUUCAUCCCCAUGCCUGACACUCCAUCUCUUGCAAGUCUAGCCUCUUCAGGAUCUAAGAAGGAGACCCUUCCCUACAAAGAGCUGAAGGGCCUCCACUUGGCAUCUCCUCCUCCUGUUGACACUGACAAGUCUACAGCAGAAUCUUGGCAGCACCUCUUUGAUACAACAGAGGCCUGCAGUGGAGAAAAGACAUCGGUGGUACCAACAGCAUGCAAGUGCAGCUUGUUGCAGGCUGAACUGGAGCGACUGAGUGGUUUGGUAUUAAAAUGCUUGGCAGACCAGCAGAAGCUGCAGCAGGAAACCUCUCAUCUCAGUGCUCAGCUUCAGAGCCUCUCCAGGGCGGAAGGAACACAACCGUUGGAGGUUCACACCAAAGCCACACAAACAUCCAAGGAAGAGAUGGAAGUGGAUCCAAAGCCUGACCUGGAUUCUGACUCCUGGUGUCUCCUGGGAACUGAUUCAUGCCGCUUCAGUCUCUAGUCUUUUGAGGCCACUGGUAUCCAUCCAAUUUCACAGCACACUAACUAAAUGAAAGAGCAGCUUUCCUGACUACAGGUCCUUUGUGAAUAGGAGAUUAGAUUCUCCACAACAGCUUCCCUAUAUAUGUGUGUGGGGUGGGCGGGGGGGCACACCCUCUUAAGCUAAGAUCCUAGGAAGAAAUUUGGAGUGACAGAGCUCCAAGCUCUAGCUGGGACACACUCCAGUAUCACAGUUGCAGCCAGCUCUUGUUAUAUCAGCCUGCCUUUGAGGUUAGGUAGCCACAGGAAUGACUAACUGCCAUUAGCACUUCAUUCUUUCACAACUUCCCAAGGGCAGUAUUGAGUCUCUAAUGUCAGUCACUUCAUCUUUGGGCAAGCAAAAGGGGGAAACUUAUGUAUGACCCAGCAUUGCAGUCAGACUGAAAAUGUCCUGAAAGGUUAAGGGGCAGGACCCCUGCCUCCAUGGGAAGCCAGGACAAGAGCUUGUUCUGAAUGUAGAUGAGAGCUCACAAAACAGAAAUGGUAGCACGUAUAUUUUUCACUUCACAUGCAUUUUUAGCCCUGUUACUUCCAGUCUGUACCAAAAGUAUUUAAAGCUUUAACUUAAAGGGGUGUUUGGGAGAAGAUUGCAGGCACCCAUUCUUAACCCUUCCUGCUAAGCUGAAACAAACACAAAAACUGGCUGAAACUUCCUGUUAUCUAAGAAGGGGGGUCUCUAUUUGUAGAGUUUGCAACAGCUGUUUUCAAGCCAGAGGAGGAAUGUGUAGAAUUUGAAUUUAGACGGUUAUUUGUUCCAUCUGUUCAGCUUGAUUUGAGUCCCAAAACUUGUUUGUGCCUAGUUUCUUAGAAGUGCUGUUGAAAGCCUUUCACUCUAUCCCCACCCCAAAUUUUGCUUCCUGUCCACAGCUUUAAGGCCAGAAAGCAGCUGUGCGGGCUUUAGCAGAAUGUAUCUGACCAUAUUCCUGGCACUGCUUGGCCACAUAUAACUUUAAAGGUUUUUGUAUACUGUCAGUAAUAAGCUGCGUAUGAAGUAACUUUGAUGGCAGGAUAGUUCAUUUCCCAUUAAAUAAUAAAAUUGAUACUUUUGCUAAUUAGUUUGCCAAAUAAUUGAACUCUAGCAUAGAGUUCCCAGAGUUCCUCACAGUCUAACCUAACCUGCAGCAGUCACUCUGUUUUUUUUUGAUGUUCCUUACUUUUGAUCUGGUCAAUUUAUGUUAUCUUAGUCUCCCACAACCACUCUAAGAUCCCUAGGUACUCUUAUAUUCUAGAAGGCUGAUAAAAUAUUUUCUGGCUGGAGAUGGCUGCCAGAGCAUCCUUUUAGGAAUAGCAGAUUUUUAAAAGCUUUACCUGGUUCAGCUUCUAAUAUAUAGAAAAGAAUCAGGCAGUUUUUUCCUGUGUUCAGACCCAAGAUCAAGUAGGCUUGCCUUCCUUGCUAUAGGAAGGAGCAGCUCAAAGAACUUGAAUAUAAUGAAUUCCAAAUUGUUCAGCGAAUGAUUGUGCCAUUUGAGUGUUCUUUAUACAUGGGAUCUCCUGUCUUCUAUAAGUAUUGGAAUUGCUUUGUAUGAAUGUUAUACAGUAGAGACUUUGAGAGGAAAGAAGUAAGUUGGGGCCAUGUCCAGCAAAGGUUCGCUGACCUGAUGGAGACAGCUCUCCUGUCUUUUUUUCUCAGUCCUCCAUGUUUGGAAAACAAAGUGAACAGGGUUCCUCUUGGAACUACUACAGUAGUAGAUUUACUGUAUUGAGAGUGACUGUGAUGCACAGCAAUAUGUGCCUUAAAAGAUUCACGCAUCCAGUAUGUGCCUGUUACAGACCAUGACUUAUCCACCGACUAUGUUAUGCAACCAAAGAAGCAUUUUACAACAGACCUUGUUCUGGACUUGAGUGAAGGACAAGUGGGCCAGGGUGCCUUGAAGCGGUUUCAGAUCCACAUCCCUUCCCCAUCCAGCAGUGCUAACCACUCAGAUGUUGAUCUUUUUCUAGCAUUGUUGUUGAUUUGUUAUGGUAGAAUAUGUCUUAUAUCUGCACUGACACUAGCUGAAAACUAGUUUGUCAUUAUCUAUCUUUGAGAUGUUCAAUGGUGGAAUGGUUUGAAGUUUUGUUUUAAAUAAACGUUCACACUUAUUA